GAGAGAGAGAGAGAGAGAGAAGGAGAGAGAGAGGGAGAGAGAGAGAGAGAGAGAGAGAGGGAGGGAGGAUUGGUUGUCAGAACCAAGGAAAUAGAACUGUUACUAUUGCUAACGCUGGAAGAUGUAAUGAGAGUCCAGGAUUUGCUAUCGCUCUCAUCUGAUUAGCCUGGAUAGACCUUACAAUGUAAUUGUUGCUUGCAGUACAUUGAUUUAUUUUUUUUAAUCAGUUCUUUUCUUUUUUUACCUGUCUUUUUCUCUCUCCCCCUCUCAUAUUUUUUUUGCAACUGCCAGCUGCUGGGUCUUCCCUCUCUCCGUCUCUUCCUCUAUACCACUCUCUCUUUCCGUGCGGGGAAGGAGGGAUCUACCAACAGAGCAAAAAAGAAGAAGAAGAAGAAGACAGCAUUGCACCCAUGAGCCUCUGAGGAUGAUGCCUCUGCCGUCGGUGCCACCCGCCCUGUCGCCAUGACGAUGCCGCUCAGCCCCCUCUCCAGUGACGAGGAGCAGCAAAGGAUGCUGGGAAACAGUCAACACCUUUACCCAGGGGCCGAGGAUGAGGAGGAGGACGAGGAGGAGGAGGAGGAAGAAGACGAGGGAGAGGAGGAGGGAGAGGACGAGGAGAACGGCGAACUGGAGGGGGAGGAGGGAGAGGACGAGGAGAUGGAAGAGGUAGAGGGAAGCGGCCUAUCGCGCAGGGGCAGGGAGAAGGGGCCAAGGCAAACAGGCAACAUGAUUGGACGACAGACCGCAGACAGGACGCCGCGCUCCGGCAACUUGGGCCACACCCCCAACCCCUACGCGUCCAAUCCGGCGCCCGGCCACCAGCAGCCGGCCAAUCAGCCGCAGCCGGCGAGGCGGCUGAGGGAGCGGAGCUCCAGCACGGCGCCCCCCGCAGACGACGCGCACAUCUCCAUGAUGAUCUUCCGCAUCGGGAUCCCCGACAUCAAACAGACGAAGUGUCUGCGCUUUAACCCCGACGCCACGGUGUGGCGGGCGAAGCAGCAGGUGCUCUGCUCGCUGACGGAGUCGCUGCGCGACGUCCUCAACUACGGCCUGUUCCAGCCCGCCACCGACGGCCACGACGCCAAGUUCCUGGAGGAGGAGCGGCUGCUCAGGGACUACCCGCAGUCCUUCGAGAAAGGCGUGCCCUACCUGGAGUUUCGCUACAAGACUAGAGUGUACAAGCAGACAAACCUGGAUGAAAAACAACUGGCGAAACUACACACAAAGGCCAGUCUGAAGAAGUUUGUGGACUACACCCACAGCGGUUCCGUCGAGAAGAUGGCCAAGUUCCUGGACAAGGGGCUCGACCCAAACUACCAUGACUCAGAGACCGGGGAGACCCCCUUGUCCCUGGCCGUCCAAUCAGAGCAGGGGGGAGGGGAGGGGAUUCGAGUCCUGGUGUUGGGGGGAGCGCACAUCGAUUUCCGGGCCAAGGAUGGACUCACCCCCCUCCACAAAGCUGUUCGAGCGCACAGCCACACUGCACUACUGACCCUGCUGUCUCUGGGAGCCUCUCCAGAUUAUAAAGAUCGCCGGGGCCUGACCCCGCUGUACCACACUGUGCUGACAGGGGGCGACACCUCCUGCUGUGAGACUCUGCUGUACCACAGAGCCAAACUGGGAAUGAGGGACGAGAAUGGCUGGGAUGAAACACAUCAGGCCUGUCAACACGGUCACUCCCAGCACCUAGAGCACCUUCUCUUUUAUGGAGCGGACUCAACUUCCCAGAAUGCCUCAGGAAACACUGCCCUGCACAUCUGUGCCCUGUACAAUAAGGAAAGCUGUGCGCGUAUUCUGCUCUAUAGAGGUGCCAACAAGGACACAAAGAACAACAGCGGACAAACUCCUUUCCAGGUUGCUGUAAUGUCUGGCCAUUUUGAACUGGGAGAGGUCAUUAAAAACCACCGUGAAUCAGAUGUAGUGCCCUUUCUGGAGUCCCCCAAAUAUGCCCCCCUGCGGCGAGAGAGCGCUCGAACCCUGGCCCUGCCCCACCCCCACCCCUUCCUCCGUGCCAACAGCGACAACAGCAUGAACCUGCCCGACUGGAUGGCCUUUCCUAAUGCCCCCAGCAGCAACAUAGUGUCUGUGCAGGGGUAUAAGCCCACUGGGACCCUGCGCAGCUCCAGCAGCCCCCGGGGGGCUCGCACCCGCUCCCCGUCCCGCGGGAGGGUUGGGGAGAGGGAGGACAGGAGCCGGCAGCCUCGGCCGAGGCAGGGGUCGGGCUCGGGCGCUAGUACAGGAACGACGGGGGGUCAGCGGCGGCGCCUGUACAGCGCUGUCCCGGGACGGGUGUUUGUGGCAACGCGAUCCCACACUGCUCAGGGGGAGAGAGAGCUCAGCCUAAACAGGGGCGACAAAGUCAAAGUGCUGAGUGUGGGCGAGGGGGGCUUCUGGGAGGGGACGGUGAAGGGCCGGACCGGCUGGUUCCCCUCCGAGUGCGUGGAGGAGGUGGCCGCGCGCAGCCAGGACAGCCGCUCAGACAGCCGCAGCGAGAAAGCCAAGAGGCUCUUCCGCCACUACACCGUCGGAUCGUACGACAGCUUCGACGCCCCCAGUGACUACAUCAUCAAGGAGAAGACGGUUCUUCUGCAGAAGAAAGACAAUGAGGGGUUUGGCUUCGUGCUCCGCGGAGCUAAAGCUCAGACCCCUAUAGAAGAGUUUACUCCCACCCCAGCCUUCCCUGCUCUGCAGUACCUUGAAUCAGUCGAUGAAGGGGGCGUGGCCUGGAGAGCCGGGCUGAGAAUGGGGGACUUCCUCAUUGAGGUGAAUGGACAGAAUGUGGUGAAGGUGGGACACAGACAGGUGGUCAACAUGAUCAGGCAAGGGGGCAACAGUCUCAUGGUCAAGGUCGUCAUGGUGACACGCAACCCUGACAUGGAGGAGGCGUCCAGGAAGAAAAUUCCUCAGCAGAGCAAGAGACUGGCCACACCCGCCAUUGCCCUGCGGUCCAAGUCGAUGACCUCAGAGCUGGAGGAGAUGGCUGCCGCUACUCCGUGGAGGAAGAAAUCAGAGAGUGAGGCCUCGCAGGCCACGGAGAAGAAGAGGACCGUCUAUCAGAUGGCUCUGAGUAAAACUGAUGAGAUUUUGGCAGCUGCUCAACAGACAAUCAGCACCAACGAGGGCCCGGGUGGGUCCCGGGGCCACGGGGGGAAGAGGGAACGGACCAGGGGCUUGUAUAGCAACGAGCCCAGUUUUGAGCAGCCAGGUACAGGACCCGCAUCAUCAGGUUCGGGUCUGGGGUACGAUCGGGGCCAAUUUACAUCGGGCCACGCCCCCCAGCACGGUAUGAUGCUGCGACAGAAAUCCAUCGGGGUGCCCGAGGAGGAGAAGCAGUACCUCCACCCUCCCUCCAUGAAGUUCUCCCGCAGCCUGUCCGUCCCCGGGCCCGACGAGAUCCCCCCGCCCCCCACCACCGCCCCGCCGGACCCGCCUUUCUCCGUGGGCCCGCCCACCAGCUGGAGGUCCCGGCAGUCCCAGCAGCCCUCGGUGUCGGUGUCCCAGUCGAGCUCCGCCCACUACCAGCCGUACUCCCAGGCGGCGCACUUCCCCCAGGGCGGGCGGGAGCGGGAGCGGGGCGGAGCCCCGGACCACCCGCCCGCGUUCCCCCACCCGUCCCAGCCGAGCCGGGCCGCCGCCUCCCGAAAGGGCGGGGCUUACAUGGGGGAGCCGGCGAGCGGGGGCAAGGCGGCGGGUUUGAGGCGGGGCUACAGCACCGCCGUGCCCCCCUCCGGCAUGGCCGCCGCCAGCCAGCAGCAGCAGAGCCAGAACCAGAACCAGGGCCCCCAGCAACAGGCGCCCCGGCCCGAUCGCUCCGGCGGGGGCGGGGGCGCCUCCAAGGGAGGGGGCCGGAGGGCCAAGGGUCCCCUCGUCAAGCAGUCCAAGAUUGAGGACGGGGUGCGCAUGGGCCAGGCGGGACACGGAAAGGCCCCCGUGGAGAAGAGCUCCAUCCCCAUCCCCACCAUCAUCGUCAAGGCGCCCUCCACCAGCAGCAGCGGCCACAGCAGCCAGGGCAGCAGCAUGGAGGCGGAGCCGACCCCUGACCCCGACUCCAAGCCACCGCCCGGCGCUCCCUCUGGCCAGCCCAUCUCCGCCCCGCCCUCCGUCCCCGCGCCCCCGCCCCCCUCCGUCCCCCCGCCGGCGCCCCCGUCGCUCCCCGCCCUGCGUGCCCAGGAGAGCCUGGACUUCACCAGCCAGUUCGGGGCCGCCAUCGUCGGGGCCGCCCGCAGGGACAGGGAGCGCUUCCACGAGGCCCGCAGGAAGAGCGCCUCCUUCUUCCUGUCCGCCGAGGAGGACACGGGGACGGGGGGCGGGGGCGGGGGCGGGCGGGGCCUCUCCCAGCCCGGCUCCCAGCCGGGCGGCCCCUCCCCCAGGCUGCGCCCCUCCAAAUCCAUCGACGAGGGCAUGUUCUCCGGGGACACCUUCAUCCACCACACCCGGAGCAUGCCCCCCGCUUUCGGGCUGCCCGAGUACUCAUCCCCGGCCCCCCCCGGCGGGGGCGACUACCAGCCCAAGUCGGUGCCGGCCGACUUCUACGGGGCGGGCAAGCAGCAGCAGCAGCAGCAGCAGCCCCUGCCGACCACCACCUUCAUCCACCCGCUGACGGGGAAGGUCCUGGACCCCUCGUCGCCCCUGGGCCUGGCCCUCGCCGCCAGAGAGCGUGCCCUGAAGGACGACGGACGGGCGCGGAGGGAGAGGGCAGGGGAACACCACUUUGGCCGCCAGCUCUCCUCCGCCGCCCCCUCGUCUCUUCUGCAGCACCUCCCGUCCUCCGCCCUGUCCUCCUCCGGCUCCUCCUCCUCCUACCUGGUCACCUCCUCCUCCCUGGCCGCCACCACCUCCACGCUGGGCCGCCCACCGUCCCCCCGGGCCUUCGGGAGGGGGGGGCCCGCGGCCGGGUGGGCCGAGGAAGGGGGGGAGAGGGACAGGGAGCGGGAGCGGGAGAGGGAGAGCGGAGGAGGUGGAAGUGGAGGAGGGGCCCGGGAGGGGCUGAGGGUGCGGUUUUCGGAAGACCAAACGGUCCACACUCACCAUUACCAGCCUUACCAGCCGAGCUACAGGGACAGGGAGAGAGAGAGGGAGAGGGAAAGAGAGAGAGAGAGCGAUAGGGAGAGAGAGAGGGAGAGGGAUGGGUACGGGCGGAAGCCGGAGCAGGCGCCCCCUACCCAGCAGGCCCCUCAGCCCCAUCCCCAGCAGCCGGCCCCCCGUCGGCCAUCUUUCCUGAGGAUGGAGAGCGAGGCCGGGCGGUACGUGCUCUCUCUCACCCCGCCGUCGCCCCCCCCAGUCACGCCGGGGCCUAUGGUCCUGCCCCCCCCGGCCCCGUCGGUCGACGCCGACGACGAGUUCAUCUACGCCGAGCCCUUGCCCCCACCCCUGGAGUUUGCCAACAGCUUCGACCGAGGCUUGGGAUCCGCGUCCGGGUACCCUCAGCAAGGAGGUAUGAUGGCCAACAGCCUGCACCGCCAACCCCACCCCCCCCCUCCGCCCCCUCCACCCCCCCCUCCGCCCCCCCAAAAAGAGCCUUUCAUAGGCGGGUACCCCCACCACACCCCCCUCCCCUCUCCGCAGGCCGGGGACUCCACCGCGUCUAGCCUGACCUCCUACGAUAGCGAGGUGGCCAACCUCACCCAGUCGGCCCCUUCCCCGUCCUCCACCUCCCCGAACCCUUUGCCCCCGCCCUCCCCCUCCAUGCUCCAGCCCGCUCUGUCGGGGCUGCCCCCCCCUCCCUCCGUCCCCCCUCCGCCCCCCACCUCCUACCACCGGCCCUUUGGCCUGUCCCACUCCCACCACCUCUACAACAGCACCCACCACCACACGGGCCGGUCCUCCCCCACGCCUCCCCCCAUGUCCUCUGCCCCCCACCCAGCGCCGCCCCCCUCGUUCCGUGGCACUGUUAGCUCCGCCCCCUCCGGAGCUAGCUCCGCCCACGCCGCGGCCUCGCACGCGCACCACAGAGGCCUGACCGCCACUGUCACCUUCGCGGCCACCACCUCCGCCACCGCCGCCACCACCACCACCACCACCACCGCGCACCCCGCCCGCGCGGGCCCCGCCACCACGGCCGCCGGCGGGCCCGGCCGAAGGGCCGGUCGCCCCCCUGCCUCCGCCAAGAGCGGAGAGUCCCAGGAGACCGUGGUGGACUCUGGGAUAGAGGAGCUGGACAGCCGCAGCAGCAGCGACCACCAUUUGGACAGCAUCUUGGGGGCGGUGGGGGUCAGGGCAGGGGAGAGGGGGGAGAGGCUGGAGCGGGGCGAGAGGGGGGAGAGAGGUGGCGGGGUGGCGGAGGGAGAGAGGGGGAGGGACCUGUUGGAUUCGUACAUGACUUACCUGGAUGGGCAAACCUUUGAAAUGCACAACCCUAAAACGACCACCUCCACCUACCCUAAGUCGCAGAGGUCGCGAGAGGGAGGGGGGGGGGCAGUGGCGGAGCUGCGGAGGCAAGUCAGCACGGCCCCCCCGCCCUACCGCUCCCAGAGACGGAGGGCGGAGGAGGACGAGGAGGAGGAAGAGGAGGAGGAGGAGGAAGAGGAGAGAGAGGAGGACGAAGAGGAGAAUGGACAGCGGGGAUACGGCAUGGGAGAGACACAGAGCUUGGGGCGCCCGACGUCCCUCUAUUUUGAGAGGCCCCGCACCCCGGAGAUGAAGUCUCUCUGGGGGAGCGAGGGCGCUGGGGCGGGGCAGGUGGCGGUGGAGGCCGGCAGCCAGGUGGGUGGCGUGUAUUUGGAAGGGCGCAAGCUGCACCCCCCCAUCUCUGGCAUGAAGGCCAGCAUCAUCAGCGAGCUGAACUCCAAGCUGCAGGAGAUGGGGGAUAAAGGAAUAGAGGGAUGGGGGGGCCAGCGCUCUCUGAGCAGGCACAGGUUUUCAGAAGACUCCAGUUCUGCACUGAGCCCCCCCAUGGCCCGCUCCCCCUCUCCGUCCCCUAUGCACCCCCCCCGGCCGGGCCCGUCCCCCACCCCCUCCUCACAGCCUUCCCACUACCAGAGCUGGUCCCGCUCUCCCUCCCCGCAGCCCACUGCUGGGUCCUCCCAGGCCGCUCCGGCCCACUCCCCCCUGUCCCCCUCCUACUCCCCGUACCCCACCUCGCCCAAACACCGGCCCGUGUACCGCACCAAAGCCCUGGAGUUCCAGUUCAUCCCCAGCCGAAAAUCCGACCCCCAGCUCCACUCCAGCUACCUGCAGCGGCGUCGCGCCCCCAGUCCCCUCAUCUCGCCCUCCGAUAGGCCCAAACUGGGCCCGCCCCGCCCCUCUUCCCUCCCCACCCUCCCCACGACCCCCCUCUACAGCAGCCUUUACGAGCUCAGGGGCUCCGUGACCCCGCCUUCCCCGGCCAACCCCCUGGGGGACCCCUACUUCUCCCCAUCCCCCCCUCUGUUCGCCCCGUCCGGGGCCCCGCCCCCCCCAAACUCUGCCCUGGUGGUCUCCCGCUCCCUGUCCCCGACCCACUUCCUGUCGGGAGCUUCCUCUCCCCCGCUGCACCCCUUGCCCCCUCCGACCUGUCUCAGCUAUCCCCACUUGCCGCCCCCUUCCCCUUCAAAACCAUUCGCCUCUAAGCCCCUCCCAUUCUGGACCAAGAACGACGUGGCUGAUUGGCUGAGCUACCUGAACCUUGGCGAACACAGGGACAAGUUCCUGGACAACGAGAUUGACGGGACGCACCUGCCCUCCCUCACCAAGGAGGACUACCUGGACCUGGGAGUGACCCGUGUGGGACACCGCAUGAACAUAGAGCGAGCGCUGAAGAGACUGAUGGACAGACUUUCGAACCCUUUCCCACCUUCCUCACUCUCACCCCGGAAUGGACGGACCGACAGAAGAAGGGAUGAGGGGUCAAGAAGCUGAGAGGAGUGUGGGGGAGAGAGAGGAGCGGCGUGUGUACGGACAGCCAUGGAGAGGGAGAUCACAAACGCUGCUGUCAGUGCUGGAUUCGCAAAACGGCCGAACAAAGGAGAGGAUCACUGAGGGCUGGGACAAACACGAGGGAAGAUGAAUGGGAAGAGGGGUGAUACGGCGAAAGGAUGGAAGACAAAGACACACAGACAGACCCGCUCCCAUAAGACACAAAGACACACUCCCGUAAGACACACAGACAGACCCACUCCUAUAAGACACACAGAUACUGACACACUCAUACGAGACAUACAGACAGAUACACUCCUAUAAGACACACUGACAGACCCACUCCUAUAAGACACACAGACAGACCCACUCCUAUAAGACACACAGACACAAUCCUAUAAAACACACAGACAGACACACUCCCAUAAGAUUCAUAUACAGACACUUCAAUAUUACCCCGACAAACACGCUCCAAUAUUACACACAAACACACUCCUAUGUGACACACAGACAGACACAUUGGGCAGUCUCAUAGGAUACAAGGACUGCUACAUUAACACAAACAAAACCGCAGAGUUUUGAGAACGCUCUGAAUUUGCACCAAAAAGUCUAACAGCGUAGAUGUGAGAUUCCUAAGUUUUUUAGACUGACGUUCCGCUUGAAAAACGACAGAACAGAGAACGAGCGAUAAAGAACAGGGAGAGGGGUAAACUUCUUUUCCUCUCUCUCUUUCUCUCUCUCUCUGUUUUGUGGGUCUUUUGGGCCGACAGCGCUGUUGCAGUGUGGAAGAGGCUUCGUGUUUGUGGUGUUUUUGUAGUAUGGUAGGAGAGUCCCCAGCUCUGUGUUCUUAGUGGUCAAGGCCUGUUGGGUCAGGACGUUCCUCACUGUUACGUGCUGGGAUAUUGUGAGUAGCAAAGUGUUCAGACCCGACAACGAGGGUAAUACUGAUGUGUGUGCACAUACGCACGGAUGCACACACACACGCACACACACACAUGAACACGCACACGCAUGCACACACACGUGCUCGUACACACACACACACGCACGCGCGUACACAGACGCACAUAUACGCACGCACACACACAUACACACACACAUGCGCGCACGCACACAGACACACACACCGGCAGACACGCACAUGUGCGUGCUCACACAUGCAAACACACGUGCUCCCACACACACAUGCAUGCGCAUACAUAGAUGCACACACACACACACACACACAUACUCAAACACACACACAUGCACGCACGCGCGCAGACACACACACAGGGACAAGUGCGUACACACACAUGCAUACACACACACACACACACAGAUGCACACACGCACGCACGUACACACACAUGCAUGCACACACGCGUAUUGCUCUUUGUUUUUGUCUCAGAAACGAUGGGAAAUAACAAGCAUAUGGUUCUGAGGCGAAACUGAUGAAAAACAGGCGACCGAGGCUUGGAAGUAUGCAAAACUACAGCACUCCUCGUGUGAUACGAUUUUUACUAGAGACUUCCAAAGCACUGAAGCAAACUGCAACAGGAACGACGACAAAGAACGAUUCCCGAACAAACUACUUUCGGAGAGAAGGCAGGGGUGGGGUGUGGCGGCCAUCGCUGAAAAACCUCUUUCCUCUCACCCCGUCCCCAAGAUAACUUUCUACUCAAGGAUGCAACGAAAAGAUGAACGAACAGAAUAUGCAGACGGACGAAAGAGAGGAUAUAUACACUGACAUCUGUUUUAAUAUGACGAUUGUUCUUACAACAAUUUUUAAAACUUUAAAAUGGGUCUGGAGUCCUGCUAUUUAUGUAUUCCGAAAUUAUUGUUAUUAUUGUUGUUAUUAUCAUCAUCAUCACUGUUGUUGUCAUUAUGAAUGCGUGCUGCAGUACCCCCACUGUGCCUGUGCAGAACAAGAGGGCGCUCUUGUGUUGCAUUACACCUUUAGUGGCGCGAGCUGCCCUUCCUCGUCUGAAAACCUACGUACGGAGGGAGAGCCUCUUCUUCCUCGCCGAGGCGGCAAACGAAUGCUUCUCAGUUGAUGUUUAAAGAGACGGGCGACAGCACAAAACACGACGGCCGGCCCACGGCGUCGUUCUCGGUUUACUAAAUACGAACUAAACGCCAAAACGCGAGGGUGGCUGUUCGCCCCGUGUGAAUCCGCCCCUCUCUCUCUCUCUCUCUCUCCUCGUGCGGUGUGAAUCCGCCCCUCUCUCUCUCUCUCUCUCUCUCCUCGUGCAGUGUGAAUCCGCCCCUCUCUCUCUCUCUCUCUCUCCUCGUGCGGUGUGAAUCCGCCCCUCUCUCUCUCUCUCUCUCUCCUCGUGCGGUGUGAAACACUGCCUCGGAGAAACGCCGGCUAAAAACCCAGAGGAACGAGGCGGCAAAAAAAUAGACGAUCUGAUCGUUGACGUUUUACACAAAUAACGAUCAGGCAACCAAGUGUUUGAGCAGUGAUGGAGUGGUUUGCGCAGUACUGCGCAUGUGAAAAAUAGCCACUAGUACAAUCAAGCAAGGCCAUAACUUCUCUCUUUUCUCUCUUUACCUCUCUCUCUCUCUCUCUAUCUCCCUCUUCUUUUUUGUUUUCUCUUCCUCUCUGUCUCUGUCUCUUACACACUGUUUCAGAAAUUAAAAAGGGCUCUUCUGUUUCUCUCUCUCUCUUCCCCUCCCUCUCUCUUUCUCGAUAAAUACUUCUGUCUAUAUUUUUUGUGUAAUGUGUCUCCCACCUCCCCUCUUAAUCGUGUACAUACACACACACACACACACACACAGCACCUGCAUAGAGAUUUACUGUGCUGCACUAGGGAGUUGUAGUUGCUCCUCUCUCUUUUUCUCUCAAUUUCUCCUCGUUUGAAAUGGGAGAUGUGUGGUGUCUGUUUAGUAAAAUGUCCUGCCCCCCCCCCCCCCCCAACCCCUCCACAUACUUAUUCCUUUUAAGAUAAUAUUAUAGUUAUCACUAUAAUAUAUUAAAUUCUCACUAUAAUACUUUCAAUAUGAAAAUACAUGCUAAUAAGCAUACUCGUGAUGAUGAUAACAAUGAUAACGGAAAUAACGAUAAUCAUAAGGUUAGAGAUGUAAAAAAAAAAAAGAAAAAGAAAUGAAAAUUUCCAAGUUCUACCGAAUCGCUGUCUUCCAGCUACUGUUUAACAUGAGGAAAGGGUAGAUUAUGUUUCUUAUUAACCGAAAUGCUUUCUACACACCCAGCUCUAUUCCCUCCUGUUAAUUAGGCUACGUUAGCUCGUUGUGCUGCCUUCUGUUUUUAGUUCUACAGCGUGUGCGGAACAUUCAGCUUCCUACCUUCUCUUCUAGCCUGUAGUCUUAGACAAGUAUUGACACCCUUAAGGAAAAUAAAUAACAUUUGAUCAUAGACUAUAUUUUGCUACAAAUAUUUAUGCCGAGAAAUAUUCAGAUAUUAUUUUCCCUGUAGUUUCCCAUCGCGUCCAUCACGAACGAGGCGACGGGACCGAAAAAGUCGUCUGAACUCGGUGGCCUGGCGUCUUUAGCUAACGUCCGUUGGUCAGUGUUGCGGUGACGAACCAGGUGUAGCUUACCCAUGUGUCUUUUCUUUUUUCUUUUUUCUUUUCUUUUUUAAAGAAAUAACUAGAUAAAGUCUUUAUUGGAUGAGAAAUUGCCAUGAAUAUUCGCUUUUUGUAAGAGAAAACUUUGUGAAGGGAUUAACCAGGGAGUAUAGAAAGCAUUACUAUUCCUUUUAAAGAAUAUUUUAAACUUGUAAAGAAAUACACAAAAUAUAAACAGAUGAAAGGUUAUUUACAGACUAUAUGUAUAUGUGAUACACAUAUACGCAUAUUCAUAUUCGUACAUAUAUGAAUUACAAAUGUUUUAAGAGAUGAUAAAUAAUGAAAUAUUAGACUUAUAAUAAAGAUGCUGAAAUAAAACACAUUCUGAAUAACCUGUA